CAAAAGAAAAAUGAAAAAGAAAAAGAAAAAAAAAAAAGAAGAAAUGGAAAUGGAGAGAGAAAUUGAGAAAUAAAUAUCUCAAAAAAGGGAUAUGAUUGCAAAUUCGGCAGAGAAGAAAGAGAAUAAUGGAGAGUCGCUAAGAAAAUUUUCCAACCCGAUCUUCGAAAACCUGACAAUUCACAGAAGAGAAAGAACCAAGGAAGAGAGGAAGAUAAGUGGUUGUCGCUGCUGCUGUUGUCAGAGCAAGCCACUGUGGGUGUGCUGCUGUCGCUGUAGUUGUGCUGCCUCUGCGGGAUAUUUGUAUGAUGCUUUGAAUCGUUUGGGGAUAAAGGCUUUCUUGAAUGGAGAUGAUCUUCAUGGCUUAUUCCAAAUAAUCGAUGAAUCGAGAUCUGCCAUUGUCGUUCUUUCUGAAGAUUAUGCUUCUGCUAAAUGGUGUUUGAGAGAGUUGACUAAGAUAAUGGAUUCCAUGGGAACUACGAUGGAUCGUGUUCUUCCUGUGUUUUAUCAUAUUGAUCCAUCUGUUGUUAAGGAUCAAUCUGGAACUUUUAAGAAAAGUUUUGAUGAACAUGAAGCCAAUGCUCUAAAGGAAAUUGAUGAUCAAGAGAAGGAGAAGCGCUUGAAGGAACUCCAAAGUUGGAAAAGUGCAAUGAAGAAAAUUGGCAAUCACACUGGAGUUGUCAUCACUAAGAAUAGUUCUGAGGUAGACAUAGUAAAUAAAAUUGCAAAUCAAAUAUUUGAUGUAUGGCGUCCUAAGUUGGAAGCAUUGGAUAAGAAUUUAGUUGGAAUGACAUCUCGAUUGCUCCAUAUGAAUAUGCAUCUUGGUUUAGGAUUAGAUGACGUACGCUUUGUUGCGAUAGUAGGAAUGGGUGGUAUUGGUAAAACAACUAUUGCUCAAGUUGUUUUUGAUUGUGUUCUUUCAAAGUUUGAUGAUUGCUGCUUUCUAACAUUACCUGGAGGUGAUUCAAAGCAAAGUUUAGUGUCAUUACAAAGGGAAAUGCUUUCUCAAAUUUUUCAUAAAGAAGAUUUUAGAAUAUGGCAUGAGAAUCAUGGAGUAGAGAUGAUAAAACAUCGACUGAGUGGUAGAAAGGUUCUUAUUGUUCUUGAUGGCGUUGAAGAGAGAAGGCAGUUAGAAAUGUUGGCUGGAAGCACCGAGUGGUUUGGUCCUGGAAGCAGAAUCAUCAUUACAACUAGAAAUAAAGGAAUAUUGAACCAUCAUAAUUAUGAUGAAAUGAAAGAAUACAAUGUUGAGGAACUAGAUCAUGAUAGUGCUCUUCAACUUUUUUUGAAGCAUGCCUUUGGUAGUAAUCGUCAAAACACUGACAGUUUCAUGGAUCUCAGUAACGAGAUGGUUGAGAAGGCUAAAAGACUUCCAUCGGCUUUAAGAGUGAUUGGAUCUUUUUUAUAUGGUAAAGAGACUACAAUAUGGAGAGAAACAUUGAAGAGGCUCAUCAAAGUGGAUGAAAGAAGUUUUUUUUGAUGUAUUGAAAAUAAGUUAUGAUGGAUUGGCAGUAGAAAGCCAACAAGUUUUUCUUGACAUCACAUGUUUCUUCAAUGGAAAAAAUGAAGAUAGAGUAAUUGAAAUAUUGGAGAGUUUUGGUUGUAGCGCUAAGAGUGAAAU